UUCUCCUUUCUUCUUCUUUCUCCCGGCCCGUCAGCCGGCGGCCAUGCACAGGAUAACUUCUCACUCACUUGCAGGCUUGCAGCUAGCAUUCCUCCUCCUUCUUUCUCCCGUCAGGCAGCCAGCCAGCCAGCAUAUGGAAGAUCGAUGCAUGACGAGCAGUGCGUAGGACUAGCUAGCUACUAGCCAAAUUAUAACAAUACCAUGGACGACAGCAGUCUUCUCUACUGUGACGAAGACCCUCUCGUCGUCUCUACUACGCCGCCUCCGCAGCUGGCGUCAAAUAGCUAUACGCUACUAGCACCCCAGCAGCAGGCGGCGUCAGAUGAUGCGGAGGAGGAAGAUCAUCAUCUGAAGGAGCUUCUCGUGGACCACAUGGCCAAGCAGCGGUCCUAUGCGCCGACCUGCCGAGAAGGCUACCUGGAGCAUCUGCUGCCGAGGAGGACGACAACGCAGCCGGAAGAGACGAUCACCAUCCCUGGCCCUGGCAGUGUGUCCGCCGCUCGCUCCGGAGGAGUGCACUACAUCAUCUAUGCGUUUGGUAGGCUGGGACUGACGGUGGCGACGGUGUUCAAUGCAGUCAACUACCUGGACCGAUUCCUCUCCAUCAACUGCCACCUGCGGUGGGAGGCGUGGAUGGUUGAAUUGGUGAGCGUGGCGUGCCUGUCCAUCGCCUGCAAGCUGGAUGAGGUCAACAUCCCAUCACUCCACCAUCUCCAGAUGGAAGAGGUGAUGAGCCACUCGUUCCUGCCGGCGACGGUCCGAGACAUGGAGCUGACGCUGCUCAAGGCGCUCCAAUGGCGCCUCGCCUGCGUCACGCCCUACUCUUUCCUCCUUCCCCUUCUUAAUACUCCUCCUCACACAGCAGCUUGGACUAGCCGCUGCACUCGUCUCCUCAUCCGCUCCCUCGCAGAGCCCUUGUUCAUCCAGUUUGAUGCCUCCGUUAUAGCCUCCUCUGCUCUUCGGUGUGUGGCGCUGCAGGAUCAUCGACACCAUCAUCACAACACUACUACUACUGAUUAUGGUAGCUGCAUCAUCAGCCGCCUUGUUCGUCCUGCAACUGAUACCUUCAACGCCUUGUGUGACGGAGCAGAUGACGACGACGACGACGAGUGUUUCAUGAUGAUGAAAACACUCUGCGACGACGACGCAAGCUGCAGCAGCUCGGCGGAUCAGCUUCGAAUUGGUGGAACACCCAUCGUCACCAGCUCUACAUGCAUGAGCAGCGAUGAGCAGCUGCGGAGGAGCCCCAGCGUGUCAGUGAUUAUUCGUCGUCGUUCCUGCUUGGGAUUGAAAACAGCAGGCGGUGGCGGCAGCAGACGAAUCAACAGCAGCAGGUCAGCUGUUAUUAGCCGCCGUCGUCGCCGCUUGUUUGGUUCAUCAGCAUCAGCACAAGCACAAGCACCAGCACCUCAAGCCGAAGGCAAAGACUCUGACGAUGAUACUACAAACGUACGAGAUGAAGAUAUCUCACACACAUAGAACUAACUGACCAAAAUAAAUUUAAACUAAAUUAUUACAUUAUUACUCUAGCUGGGAGUUCAUUUUAUUACUGUUGCCAUUCCCACAAAUUAAUUAAUUAAAUCACCUGCACAUUACUUGCUUGCGUUGUCUGUCCUAGCUACUGUGUGUUAGCAGCAGCUAGCAUUCAUUCGUUUGUAAUAUCUGGUCCUUAAAUUAGUUGCAACUGGACCUCGCACAUGUAUUUGCGUUGUGUGAGCUGUUUAAUUACUCUCAAGCUUUUCUCUAGGAGUAAUCUUUUGUACGUAAAAGCAGAUUGUCUGGAUCAUUUCAUCAUC